AUGAGACUAGUAUUAGUUGCCUUACUUUUAGUAAGCACUGCUCUUGCCUGGCAAGCAUAUGCUCCUGGAGAAGGACCAUUUGCUCAUCUAUCUGAUGAUGAAUUCGCUGAAAAAUAUCUCAUGGUUGUCAAUGACUUUGAUGGUCUUGAAGCCCCAUCAUUUGAUGAAGAAGCUUUUGAGAGAGCAAUGGGAAAGAACUCCGGAUAUGAUCUGAGACAAGCCAUUCCUCAAUGUGUAUCUCCUAUUAGAGAUCAAGCUGGCUGUGGAGGAUGCUGGGCAUUUGCCAUCACUUCGACUAUCAGUGACAGAGAGUGUAUAGAAAACGGACUCUCAGAUACCAGAUUCUUCUCUCCUCAACAUUUAAUUGACUGUGAAGACUCCAAGUUUGCUGCUUCAGGAUGUAGAGGAGCAGACACUCAGACUGCUUUCAAAUAUACAGAUGUUAGAUACGGAGGAGGACUAAGACUCGACACCUGUUAUCCAUACAAGUCAGGUACCACUGGAGUACCUACCACUUGCAAGAGCAACAAGUGCACAAGCCUCGAUGAAGAGGUUAGAGUGUUCUCAUCAACAAAUAUCCAACUUUGGAAUGACUACGACAACAUUGCUAUGGCUCAAGAAAUCAAAGAACACGGAACUAUCUACAUGUCCAUGCAGGUCUACAGCGAUUUCAAGAGCUACAAGGGAGGAGUCUACAAAAUUGGAGCUGGAGCCGUCCCUAAGGGAGGCCACGCCAUCAGAGUCAUCGGAUGGGGUAAAGAUGCAACAGAUGGAUAUUAUUGGAUAUGCGCCAACCAAUGGAACGAGACCUUCGGAGAAAAAGGAUAUUUCAGAAUCGGAUUCAACCAAUACAUUGGCUACAAGGCUGGAACUGCCGAUUUCGAUAGAGAGAUUGAUUCGUUUGUUGAGUUCAUCUAA